UUGCUAUGUCGGAGAACCAGCUUUGUUUGCAUUAUUUGUUUGUUUCUUUUAUUUAUAUUUAUUUUGAACUUGACUUUCAGGCAAAAGAAUGUAAUUCUAAUUAUAACUGAUGACCAAGACAUUGAACUUGGUUCAAUGCAGUACAUGCCUAAAGUGACAAGGUUGAUGAGGGAAAAGGGUACCGAAUUCCAUGGAGGCUUUGUCUCUACACCGAUCUGUUGUCCAAGUAGAUCAAGUUUACUUACUGGAAUGUAUGUACAUAAUCACAAUGUCCAUACAAAUAAUCAUAAUUGUUCUGGGGAAGAAUGGAGAAAAACUCAUGAACCGCGAAGUAUAGGUGUCUACAUGAAGGAUGCUGGCUAUCAUACAGCUUAUCUAGGAAAAUAUUUGAAUGAAUAUGAAGGGAAUUAUGUUCCACCAGGCUGGGAUCAUUGGAUGGGCUUGGUAAAGAACAGCAAGUUCUAUAACUACACCGUAAAUUUAAAUGGAAACCGUAUCAAGUAUGGAGGAGAAUACGAAAAGGAUUAUUUUACCGAUUUGGUCACCAACAACUCUGUGAAAUUUAUCACGGAUCAUUUUCUGACUCAAGGUCAUGAUCCGUUUUUCCUUGUGAUCAGUUACCCAGCUCCACAUGGUCCUGAAGAUCCAGCGCCACAGUACGCGGAACUCUUCGAAGAUAUCGAUUCACACAGGACUGACUCAUGGAACUAUGCCCCGAAUCCGGAUAAGCAGUGGUUACUGCAAAGGACGGGAAAGAUGGAACCGGUGCAUGUGGCAUUUACCGACUUACUACAUCGCCGUCGUAUGCAGACAUUGCAAAGCGUUGACGACGGUAUUUUCUCUACUCUUCGGGAUUACAACUACUUGUCAUCCACAUAUGCCUUUUAUACAUCUGACCAUGGAUAUCACUUGGGCCAAUUCGGUCUAAUCAAAGGGAAAAACAUGCCCUAUGAAUUCGAUAUUCGAGUACCAUUUUUCCUACGUGGCCCAGGUGUUAUGAAGAAUUUCAGGUGA